AAAACCGUGGUUUGCGCUCAAUCUCGUUAACGAAAUUAUCGAUCUCAAAGAAACAUGUAAUUACAAGGGAUACGUGAUAUCGAUACCCAGUAUCCGACCCUUGGACUCAAAGUGACCGUGGCGAAGUUGCUUCUAACGAAAUGAAGCCGGGAAAUUGAAUCUUCGAAUAUAACGUAGAAUUGUGCCCGUACCUUCAUAACAGUAAUUACAUUCGGAGGCAAACGAGUAUGUCCGUCGAGUUUCGAACAUCAUCGGCCAGAAAAUCCCGUUGAAAUUUCAUUAAAGCGAGAGCCAUGACGCAACCGAAACUUCCGAGUUUUCUCUUGACCAUGUGGCUACUCGGCACGAUCGCGACUAAAUCGAGAAUGAACGACUUCCUGCAAAGUUUGCAAGAAUACGAGAUCGUCUAUCCCCGGAUAAUCCCGAGCGGAAAUUUGCGGAACAGAAGAUCGACUUUGGAAAAUAGAGCCACGAACGGGGACGAGGAACCGAUGUUCCUUGAGAUAAGCAACUGGACCUUGAGGACAACUUCGAACGAUCGAUUGAUACUUUCGUCCAAUUUCACGGUGGAUUGGAUGCGCUCGAAUAAGAUCGAACCAACGAGACACGCUGUCAAAAUGGACUGUAAUCUUCGACAAGGCAGUUUGGAAAGCGACAGGAGCUCUUUGGUCGUGGUUACGCUUUGCGAGCAGGACGUGUACGCUCUGAUGUUGAUAGAUCGAAAAUCGUUUCUUGUACAGCCUUUGGACGAUGGCCAACACGUGAUGUACCAGUCGAAGGACGCUGGAUGGUGGUCCUCCAGGGAGAACCCUGAUACCGUGUCCAUCAGACGGGAAAAUCCUACAGAAAAGUCAGAAGUUCGAGGAAGAAAAAUGAGAACGAGAAGAAACUCUGCAAACCAUUAUUCUCAAGAGUUUUACAAUUUAUCUGGAGAUGUGUUUGAUAUGGAGUAUCCUGAAGCUGAAAAACUGAUUAUGUACGACGAAAGUGAUAAUAUAUCGUCAGAAUAUAACGAUACGAUAAUGGAACAAUUAACGGUCGAUGCAAAUUCGGAAGAAAUUGAUUACUUUUCUGGUUCUACGUGGCACAGGAGGAAAACAUCGAAGAAGCAAACUGUUAAUAAAGCGGCGCCACCGCGAUGGCUGGAACUCGGAAUAGCUGCUGAUUACUCUGUAAUUGAUUUUCACGGAGUUCGAGUGCAACAGUAUAUCAUGGCACUUUUAAAUAUCGUUAGCGCAAUUUAUAUGGACCCAUCUCUUGAGUCUAACAUGAUCCUAGUGAUUGUACGAAUGAUUUUGUAUACAGAAAAAAGAGACGGUAGGGUUUGGCGCGGCGAUGCCAGACGUUCCUUGGAAAACGUGAACAAGUGGAACAGAAAAAUGCUGUCUUCGACGGAUAUACGUCAUGAUGUUGCAGUAUGGUUAACGAGAUUGGACAUUGGAGGUCCUUCAGGAUACGCCCCUGUAUCAGGAGUAUGCGAUCCUGCCAGAUCAUGUGCCUUAAACCGAGACGAGGGUUUGACCAGCGCUUUUAUCAUCGCACACGAGAUUGCACACAUUCUAGGUUUAACGCACGACGGGGAUGAGUCAACUGGAAACGCUUGCAAAGAAGAAAGCUCUCGAGGAAGCGUGAUGGCGCCUAUGGUAGCUGCGACGUUCCAUCACUUUUACUGGUCCACUUGUUCGAGAAAUGAGUUCCACCGAAGGGUGAGACGGAGGUCCUGCUUGUUGAACAAGCCGAAAUAUGAGGGUUCUAAACAGCUAAAAGCUGCAAUUCGUGAAUCGUUCACGAUGGACGAACAGUGCCGCAUUGAAUUCGGCGAAGGCUACGAAUAUUGCAAAACUUUUGAUGUUAUGGAACCAUGCUCCCUUUUAUGGUGUGGAAACAGCAAUAUUUCUCAGACGUGCAAAACUAAGAAAGGACCACCAUUGGAAGGAACGAUGUGUGGAAUAUCUAAGUCUUGCAUACACGGACGAUGUCAGUCAACCAGUAAAAAGAAACUCGACGUAGGAAUAGUGUUGAAUAAACCUAGAGACGGAGGUUGGAGUGCAUGGAGUGCCUGGGGAAAAUGUUCAAGAACAUGUGGAAUAGGGGUGAUAUGUCGAACAAGAAAAUGUAACAAACCACUACCAGUUUAUGGAGGAAAAUAUUGUUCUGGUCCUAAUGACGAUUGCAAACUUUGCGACCUACCGAAAUGCUUGACGUCCGUUGAUCUCAGAGCUCAACAAUGUUCCAAACUCACUAAUGUCUUGGGCCUUGAAGGAGUUUUAUCGAAGUACAACGUGACCUGGCUACCCUACGAACCCGACCAGGAGAACUUGAAAUGUCGAUUGACCUGCAGGAGUAAAGAAACUGGUGAAAUAUUCGACACGAGACGAAAUCUGAUCGACGGCACACCUUGCUCUUACGGAUCGACGAAUAUAUGUAUACAGGGUGAGUGCCAUCAAAUGGGAUGCGACAAUGUUCUAGGAUCUAAGAAGGUCUUCGACAUGUGCGGAGUAUGCGAUGGAGACAAUUCGAACUGCGAUAGUAUAAUGAGCAAGUUUCAACGGAAACUUCGACGAGAAGUGACGCGCCUCGCUAUAAUACCCCGCGAAGCCUAUAAUUUGUCCAUGAACAUCACGGUGCUGCCUUCUCCACUUUCUCAUCAAAACAAUUUAACAGUUGUGAUAGGAGAUGGACGUAGAAGGCGGAAUAUGCAAAAUCACUUGACUUCCCGAAAAAAGGAUUUAAUAAUUGUACAGGAUGCUGCUUUUCGGAUUCAGAAAUACAAUAACACGUAUUCUGUUCGGGCUGCUGGCACCACUUUUGAAGACGUGGUGAUCCUGGUAAAAGAUUCUUUAUAUUCAAUUUUAAUGCAGAAACUGGUAGCACCACAAAGUAUAACAGAGCAAGGAACUUCGAUUACAGCUUCUUUAGAAUAUUUUUUAAAUCGUGAUAAACGGAACGCGAAAAACAGAUACAAAUGGUUGUUCGGUGGUUGGAGCUUUUGUUCGACAAGUUGCGGUAAUGGAACGCGCCAGAAAAUUAUAGUCUGCAAAGAUGAACAAACUGGAAAAAUAGUGUCGCGAAGGAAAUGCCCGUUAAUGACUAAGCCAAAUCAGGAAGUAGAAAAAUGUAACGGAUUCAGCUGCACAUUUAAAUGGCUGCCAGGUCCAUGGGAAGCAUGUUCAGCUACAUGUGGAAGUUAUGGUAUGCAAUUACGACAACUACAUUGCGUUCACUCGGACUUUAAUGGAACCGAAGUUAAUAAGGAUAAUGAACUAGAAGUUUACCGCAGAAUGGUGCAACCGUCAAUAUGCAAAACCAAUACCGUGCCUACACACAACAGAGAAUGUAACAGAAUUCCAUGUCCGGGACGCUGGGUUUUUACAGAAUGGUCUUCAUGUUCAAAUAACAAUGGAAAGGGUAUAAAAUCUAGAAUAGCCAGAUGUAUUCCUCCAAAUAAUGAAUCAUUUUAUACCUGUGAUGGACCAAUUAUUAAAACAGAAAUACGGUCCUGUACAAGUCAUAUAACAAGAGCCAUCGAAUUUCCACUUCGUUGUUGGUCAGAAGAGAGCCGAUUCUGUUCUAUACCAAGUCUGAAACGUUAUUGCAAUAUUCCAGCAUUUAGAAGAAGAUGUUGUCGCACUUGCAAAUAAUUCUGUGAAAUUUCUACAACCUUUAAUAUUGAAGAAUUAAUUCAACAUACAGACAAUAGCUGCCAGAUGCACUGUCCUGGAAUUCAAAGUCAGAAUCAAGCCAAGGAAUUGUUACAUAAGUGUGUAUUUAUAAUUGUACAAAGUAUUUAAUUUGUAAGGCUAUUCAAUACUGCAAAAUAUUAUUGUAAGACAAAUAAUUUCAAGUGCAAAUAGAUAUAAAUGUGUUCAAAUUUUUUUAAAUUUAGUAGAGAAUGUAAUGAUGAUAAACAAGAAUGCAUUUCAAAUCCAUUAUGCAACACUGCUACAGUACUUCUAAAGAAUACAGAAUAUAAUUAAAUCAAUUUGUGCUGUGUCCCAACAUAUUAGAAUUACAUAUUGUUAACAGAUUUGUAAGUUGUAUACAUUGGGAAGUUUUAAUAAAUAUAGGACAAAAAGGUGAAAUUAUAUGUUUAUUCAUUUCAAAAUUUUUGCAACAAUUUAGUAAUCCCCGAAUAUAUCACCUGAAUAUAAUAUUAGAUAUAAGAAAUAUUAGAAAUUAUUCAAAAAUUUAUGCUGUGCUUUUUGCAUGCAUGUUUUCCUAAUACCAUUUCUCGAUUUUGAGCUCGUAAGUAUUGUAAAGUUGUAAAAUAUUAUUCAAUUGUUACGUCAUUUUCAAAAUAUAUUCAGAAUAAUUCUAAGAAACAAUGUUAAAAUUCAAGAAAUGGCACUUUUAAUACUUCCUUUGCUAUCAUGUUUUCCUGAUACAAAUUCUUGAUUUCGAACACUUGGAAUCUGUAAAGAACUCAAAUUAUGCUGUACUGAAGUCAAAUUUAUAGUAUUUAAUUUUACUAUUGUUGUCAUCACUGUUUAUUCCCUAUUUAUUAUUUGUGCACCAGG